AAAAUCAGAACACAGAACCUCAGAACUCUCAGAGAGAUGAUAAUUCACUCACACUCACAUAUUAUCAGCAGAGAGACACACAACUUCUUGAUACUUCUUCUUGAUACAGUGAAAUAUUUUCUCAAAUAUUUGUACCGAGCGCUUACAAAGCAACAUGGAUGAAAAGACUCUUUAUUCUCUGGACUCAGAGAAUGGUUCAAAGAGCAGUGGCAGCACUACUGAACCCAACUACUGCAUGGGCGACUGUAGGGUGACACGUAACAAACGCAAGGCCAGCAUAAAUUACUCAGAGCCACCCAGAAAAAGGCAGAGGUGUGCCAGUGAACCCGCUGAGGUGCCAGUGGAGGAUGUGACAGCUAAAGGGACCAAGAGAAAAGCCAGCACCCAAAGGGGUCCCCCCCCGAAGAGGCGGAGAACUGGAACCUACGACACCAACGCUGGUGAAGUCUCCCCGAGCUCCUGCAGCCCUUCAACCUCCCGGCAGAACAAUGAGACGCCAUCCUGCUCCGUCAGGACCAGCAGAGAAAAAUUUGAGGCCAAGUACCUGCAGCUUCUCAAGCUCGGAAAAGGCGGCCAAGGAACGGUUUAUGCUGGAGAAAGAAAAACUGACAACUUACCAGUGGCGAUCAAACGCAUCCCUAAAGCUGCUGUGAAGACUGGACCAGUGGUUAUAAAUGGAAAGACGCACAUGGUGCCAUUGGAGGGGCUUCUCAUGCUGAGAGUGGCAGGUGGAGCGGGGUCACUGGGGAAACAUGCUGCCGUGUCAUUAUUAGACUGGUAUGAUCUGGGCACAGAGGUCCUGCUUGUCAUGGAGAGACCAGUCCCCUGUGAGGACCUGCUGGCCUACCUCGAUAAGAAUUUGUUCUUGAGGGAAGACCAGGCAAAGAAGAACAUCAUGAAGCAGCUGGUGGAAGCAGCAAUUAAGAUGCACUCUUGUGGAGUCUUCCAUCGGGACAUUAAAGCAGAAAAUGUCCUCGUUGAUUUUAGCUCGGAUGUCCCUCGUGUGAGAAUCGUAGACUUUGGAAGUGCCUGCUUGGUGACGGAGAUACCACACAAGUCCUUCUGUGGAACCACUGCCUACAUCCCUCCAGAGUUUUUCCGGCUUAGCACAUACGAGGCGGGCCCCAGCACAGUCUGGCAGCUGGGCGCUCUGCUCUAUGAACUGGUGGACAGCCAUUUCACCACAAGAAAAUUCCUUCGCAAGAAAAUUACCAUAAACACUAUGCUGUCCAAAGACUGCCAGGACUUGUUGAAGGUGUGUUUGGCUGUGAACCCUCAGGAGCGCGGCACUCUGGAGCAGAUUCUGCUGCACCCCUGGUUCUCCUAAUCCUGCACAACCGACCACCCAUUGGGCUGAGCCAACUGACUCCAAAGAACUCCAUCCUUUGGUCUUAUAGUCUACACCGCGUUCCAAAUUAUUACGCAAAUUGUAUUUAAGUGUCAUAAAGAUUACAUGUUUUGUUUUUCAAUUAAACUCAUGGAUGGUAUUGUGUCUCAGGGCUCUUUGGAUCACUGAAAUCAAUCUCAGACACCUGUGAUAAUUAGUU